GAAAUCGCUAACAUUUUGAAUCAUCCACGUGUCUACUCAUUUCUACACAUUCCCGUACAAUCGGGCAGCGACGCUGUUUUACGCGAUAUGAAACGAGAGUACAAUAGCGAUCACUUCCGGAAAAUUAUGGAUUUCAUGCUGAAGAACGUCCCCAACAUCUACAUCGCCACCGACAUGAUUUGUGCUUUCCCCACCGAAACAGAAGAAGAUUUCGAAGAAAGCAUGCAGCUUGUGCGGGAUUACAAAUUUCCGUCACUUUUCAUCAAUCAGUUCUACCCUCGUUCCGGCACACCAGCCGCACGAAUGAAAAAGAUCGAUACAAUAGAGGCCAGGCGUCGCACGGCAGCAAUGUCUGCGCUAUUCCGAGAAUAUAGUCGAUAUACGCCUGAACGAAUCGGAGAGGAACAUAAUGUAUUGGUCUGUGAAAUGGCGUCUGGUAAGUUUUCGACUUUUAUUUCGAUGUCUAAUUGA